AUGCAGGAGUACGAUCACUACGCGUACGACUAUCCGUGCGAAACCUGCGACGAAGUAUUUCACACAGAUGACGAUGCCGAAGCGCAUAUGUACGAAUACGGCCACUGGGGUCCCACAGUCCCAUGCGAAACCUGCGAGAGGACGUUUUACAGUUCCCAGGCGGCCAAUCAACACAUGGACGCUCUCCAACACUGGGCCCCCCGGUUUGAAUGCGAGACGUGCAAUGCCAGGUUCCACACACAGGGCGCGGCGAAUCAGCAUAUGGCUGCAAAGGCACACUUCAAGAACUACUGUUCCACCUGCAAGAUCAGGUUUGAGAACGAGAAUAACUUGCGGAUGCACCUGAAUUCGAAGAAGCACCGUGGCCGCAACGUGCUUUGCCCCUUCUGCAAGGACGCGUAUACUACAGCCAGUGGGCUGGCUCAUCACCUCGAGACCGGCUCCUGCGCUCGUGCUCCGCACCUCAACCGCGAAUCCAUACACAAAAUUGUCCGCCGUCUCGAUACACAAGGCACCAUCACCAACAAGUUGCUAGAGUGGCACGACAGCGACUCUGGUGAAUACCUGGCCUCCUCAAACGCCUACAAUGGCAGCGCUUGGGAGUGCUAUAUAUGCCAUAAACCCUUCAGCAAUGUUUCGUCGCUCAACCAGCAUCUGAACUCGCCUACACACAAGCAGAGGAUCUACCAUUGCCCCAAUGUGAGAAAGUGUAAAAAGCAGUUCCCCAUUCUGGCCGCUUUGUUUAAUCACUUAGAAAGCGAGUCCUGUUCCUAUAUGAGGUUCGAAAAAGUCCAGAAGCAUGCUCAAGACCUCUUCACGGGCCGAAAGCUGAUGGGCUUUUAA